CAGCCCUCUUGCCCCGGACAGCAUUCUGAUCACGACGCCCGAGCACUGUCAAGGCUCUACGGGCACGACUUCUCUUCUUCGCUGGCUCCUCCUCCUGCUUGUGACGACCCCGGAGGAGACGUAUUUGUGCGAUGGCGCAAAUAAAGCUGACGCCGACGGCGCGCUACGUGUUGCUCGUCCUCUUCAUUCUCUUCGGCAUCCACUCUAUCCUCACCUUCACUCAUGAACCGUAUGGCCGCGCAACCUCCAUCUCUUCCUUGACGGGCGGCUUCUCAUGGUCAACCUCUGCGGCACCGCCGGCGAUCCCGGAUACAUACUACGACUCCGAGCUCCCCCCAACCCCUGCACACAAUUCGAGCAUACGUGCAAACGCUACGAUUCUGAUGCUCGCGAGGAACAGCGACGCGGAGGGUGCAGUACGGAGCGUGCGUGAGUUGGAGGACAGGUUCAACCACAGGUAUCAGUACCCAUGGGUAUUCCUGAAUGAGGUCGAGUUUGACAGCGAGUUCAAACGACGAGUCUCGAACGUCAUUUCGGGGCCUGUGUACUUCGGGACGAUCCCCCGCGAGCACUGGUACCAGCCUGCAUGGAUCGACGAGGACCGCGCAAGCGCAGCACGGCAAAAGAUGGUCGACGACAACAUCAUCUAUGGCGGUAGUUUGUCCUACAGGAACAUGUGCCGCUUUAACUCCGGCUUCUUCUACCGCCAUCCCCUCCUGCAGCAGUUCAAGUGGUACUGGCGCGUCGAGCCAGACGUGCACUUCAGAUGCGACGUCAGCUUUGAUCCGUUCCGGUACAUGGAAGACCACAACAAGGUGUACGCAUUCACGAUCACGAUGUACGAGUACUUGGCGACUAUCCCCACACUGUGGGCAACGGUCAAGGAGUUCGUGGGGCUGCACCCGGAGUACGUGAAAGAGAACAAUGCCAUGAACUACAUGAGUGAGGAUGGUGGGGCGACGUAUAACCUUUGCCACUUCUGGUCCAACUUCGAGAUCGCGAACAUGGACUUCUGGCGCGGAGAGGCCUACUCGCAGUUCUUCGACUACCUCGACUCGAAGGGCGGGUUCUACUACGAGGUGCGCGUCACGCCUUUCUCCUCGGACCCCGCUGACCAAGUCCCGUAAUCCUAUCUUGUCCUCCGCUCUCCAUUCAAUGUGCCCCGAUGACCAUGCGGUCCCGUUCUGCAGCGCUGGGGCGACGCACCGGUGCACUCGAUCGCGG